AUGAACCCUGUUACCUCCCGAGCCGCGGUGCGCUCUAUGGCCACCUUGACACAUGCGGCCAGAGCUGCCAACCCCGCAGCCCGCAACCUUGUGUCGGUUGCUGCUCGUUCCAGCCGGGCUUUGAGCUCCAAUAGCCGUCUCGGCCAGUUCCCCCGCCUUCAGCAUGUGAACAGCAAGCGCGCCUUCAGCACAACUUUCAAGAUGUCUUCCGGUGUCCGUGUUGAGAGCGAUGCAUUUGGUGAGAUCGAGGUCCCUGGUGACAAGUACUGGGGUGCGCAGACCCAGCGCUCUCUGGGCAACUUCAACAUCAACCAGCCCCAGGACCGUAUGCCCGCCCCCGUUGUCAAGGCUUUCGGUAUCCUGAAGGGUGCUGCCGCUGCUGUUAACAUUAAGUACGGCCUCGACCCCAAGAUCGGUGAGGCCAUUCAGCAGGCUGCCGCUGAGGUUGCCGAGGGUAAGCUGCUGGACCACUUCCCUCUGGUUGUCUGGCAGACUGGCUCUGGCACUCAGUCCAACAUGAACUCCAACGAGGUCAUCUCCAACCGUGCCAUUGAGAUCCUUGGUGGCCAGAUGGGUUCCAAGAAGCCCGUCCACCCCAACGACCACGUCAACAUGUCUGCCUCCUCCAACGACUCCUUCCCCACUGUCAUGCACAUUGCCGCUGUUCUGGAGCUCGAGAACACCCUCAUUCCCUCUCUCAAGAACCUGCGCGACGCUCUGCAGGUCAAGGUCGACAACUUCGAGCACAUCAUCAAGAUUGGUCGCACCCACUUGCAGGAUGCUACUCCUCUCACUCUGGGCCAGGAGUUCUCUGGCUACGUCGCCCAGCUGGACCGCAACAUCGAGCGUGUUGAGGCUAGCAUCCCCCACCUCCGCUUCCUCGCUCAGGGUGGUACCGCCGUCGGUACUGGUCUGAACACCUUCAAGGGCUUCGAUGAGGCCAUCGCCGCCGAGGUCACCAAGAUGACCGGCACCGAGUUCAAGACUGCCCCCAACAAGUUCGAGGUUCUGGCUGCUCACGACUCCGUUGUUGAGGCUUCCGGUUCCCUGAACACCCUGGCUGGUUCUCUGUUCAAGAUCGCCCAGGACAUCCGUUACCUCGGCUCCGGCCCCCGUUGCGGUCUGGGUGAGCUGAACCUCCCCGAGAACGAGCCCGGCAGCUCUAUCAUGCCUGGCAAGGUUAACCCCACCCAGUGCGAGUCCCUCACCAUGGUUUGCGCCCAGGUUAUGGGUAACCACGUUGCUGCCACCAUCGGUGGUAUGAACGGUCAGUUCGAGCUGAACGUUUUCAAGCCCGUCAUGAUCAGCAACCUGCUCCACAGUGUCCGCAUCCUCUCCGAUGGUAUGGACAGCUUCCGCAAGAACCUCGUUGUCGGUCUUGAGGCCAACGAGACCCGCAUCAACUCUCUCCUGCACGAGAGUCUGAUGCUCGUGACCUGCCUGAACCCCGUUAUUGGCUAUGACAUGGCCUCCAAGGUUGCCAAGAACGCCCACAAGAAGGGUCUCACUCUUAAGCAGAGUGCUAUGGAGCUCAAGGCUCUCAGCGAGGAGGACUUUGACAAGCACGUCCGCCCCGAGCUGAUGCUUGCUCCUAAGGAGUUCAAGUAA